CUUCCUGUUAUUGCCGACUUCAUUUCCGGUCGUCGUUACAGCCAGAGGUGAAAGACACCGACAUAUUCACCGCAGAUUUGAGCAUUAAUUCAGAUUAAAUACCGGCGGAAUCCGGAUUCGUUCUGCUGGAGCGAUCUUCGGGCGUCAUCGCGGGUCUGAACCGGAUCAAACCGACGCGAAAAACUGAAGAUGGCGGAGGUACCGGCUCUGGCCCGGCUGGAGUCCCUGGCCCGGUAUGUUCACAAAGCGGCCGGUGAGGGGCGAGUCCUGACCCUGGCUGCCCUGCUCCUGAACCACUGCGGCGUCCAGACCCGACACCUGCUGGAGUACGUGACCCAGGAGGCCGGACAGAGGUCCACGCCGCUCAUCAUCGCCGCCCGGAACGGACACGACAAGGUGGUCCGGCUGCUUCUGGACCAUUACAAGGUGGACACCGAGCAGACCGGGACGGUCCGGUUUGACGGGUAUAUUAUUGAUGGCGCCACGGCUCUGUGGUGUGCAGCUGGUGCUGGGCAUUUCGAGGUGGUACGUUUGCUGGUUUCGCACAGCGCUAAAGUGAAUCACACCACCCUCACAAACUCCACCCCCCUCAGGGCUGCCUGCUUCGACGGCCGGCUGGACAUCGUACGCUAUCUCGUGGAGCACAAGGCCGACAUCAGCAUCGCUAAUAAGUACGGCAACACUUGUCUGAUGAUCGCUGCCUACAAGGGCCACACCGACGUUGUUUACUUCCUGCUGGAGCGGGGCGCGGAUCCCAACUCCAAAGCUCACUGCGGGGCCACCGCGCUGCACUUCGCCGCAGAAGCCGGGCAUCUGGAUAUCGUGAAGGAGCUGGUGCGAUGCCAAGCGGCGAUGGUGGUCAACGGACACGGCAUGACGCCACUGAAAGUGGCAGCCGAGAGCUGCAAGGCGGACGUCGUAGAGCUGCUGCUGUCGCACGUGGAUUGCGACGUGCAUAGCCGUAUCGAAGCGUUGGAACUACUUGGGGCAUCGUUCGCCAACGACCGUGAGAACUACGACAUUCUUAAGACCUACCACUACUUGUACCUCGCCAUGCUGGAGCGAUUUCGCGAUCCGGAGAGGGUCAUCGCCAAAGAGUUGCCGUCUCCUGUCGUGGCUUACGGAGCGAGGGCAGAGUGCAGGACUUUGCAAGACUUAGAGGCGGUUCGGCACGACCGGGAUGCUCUGCACAUGGAAGGCCUGAUGAUUCGCGAACGGAUUCUGGGUGCGGAUAACAUCGACGUGUCGCAUCCCAUAAUAUAUCGCGGCGCGGUCUACGCCGACAACAUGGAGUUCGAACAGUGCAUCAAACUCUGGCUGCACGCCUUGCAUCUGCGCCAACGAGGAAACCGCAGCACACAUAAAGACCUCUUGAGAUUUGCGCAGGUGUUCUCUCAGAUGGUCCACCUGAAGGAGCCGGUCCGCGCCUCGGACGUCGAACACGUCUUGCGAGCCAGCGUCCUGGAGAUCCGCCGCAGCUUGGCGCGCGUGCGAAGCACCUCGGAUGCGGAGUUGCCGGCGGCCACCGAAAGCUACGAAUCCAACGUGUUCACGUUCCUCUACCUGGUUUGCAUCGCUACGAAAACGCAGUGCAGCGAAGAGGAACGAGCGCGGAUAAACAAACAGAUCUACGACUUGAUACGCCUCGAUCCGCGAUCCCGAGAGGGGCUGUCGCUUUUGCACCUAGCGGCGAGCUCUAGUACGCCGGUGGACGACUUCCACACCAACGACGUGUGCAGCUUUCCUAACGCGCAGGUCACCAAGCUGCUCAUCGACUGCGGCGCGCAGGUGAACGCCGUGGACCGUGAAGGGAACAGCCCGCUACACCUCAUCGUACAGUACAACCGUCCCAUCAGCGACUUCCUGACCCUCCACGCCAUCAUCAUCAGCCUCGUGGAAGCCGGCGCGCAUACGGACAUGACCAACAAGCAGAAGAAGACCCCGCUUGAUAAGAGCACAACGGGGGUGUCUGAAAUCCUUCUGAAGACGCAGAUGAAGAUGAGUCUGAAAUGCCUGGCGGCUCGCGCCGUGCGACAGCAUCGGAUCUUGUAUCGGGACCAGAUUCCCAAAAGCCUGGAGGAGUUUGUGGAAUAUCACUGACCGGUGUUUUUGUUUUUCCGUCAGGUCUGGGUUCUGGAGUUUGUUCUAACCUGUGAAACGGUGCUGGGGACUCGUUUAGUACUAGCAGGUCUGGAACAUGUUCUUAAUUUACCUGUUGAUCCAUUUGGGAGAUCUGAGAGCUGCGGUUGGAGUUUACAGUUUCAUCCUGGCUCCUUUUUUUUUAACGAAUCAAAGAGGAUGUUAAUGCUGAUGCAGCGCUAAAGACUCUUAUUUUGAAAACUGAUGCUUUUCUUGUUUUGACAGACAGCAUUUAAUUGUGUGUUGAACUUUAGUCACGACGAUGUGAACAGCUCUUUUUAAUAAGCUGCUCUUCUGUCAACCUUUUUUUUUUUCCUUAACAUAUUUUAUAAAAGGUUUAUUUAAAAACAGAGUCAAAAAUGUCUAUUUUAUAAGGAAUCAAUAGUUGAGUGUUGAUGUCCUAAAGCUAAACUCUGUGCCAGGUGACUUCUUUUAUUUGAAUAUUAAAAUGUGCCUGUAACCAGAAGU